UUUCUAAGCGAUCAUUUUAAUAUGGAUCCUGAGACAGCAACAAACCUCCAGAGUCCCUACGAGGAACAGCCUGAACAAAAUAUGGAAAUUGAAAAUAGUAACAUCAAUAAUAACGGAAAAGACUUUCUUCAAAAAGAUGCGGUCGAACCAAAAGAUGGAUAUACCGAUGCCUGCAACCAUAACAAUAUCUCCGACCCUCAGGUUAGAGAUUGCAGUAGUAACACAAACACGGCCCACGAAAACCUCAAAAACGAGUUGACUUCAAAUACGACUGCUUUAGAGAAAACAGAUUUGAUUAUUCCAGCAGAUGUUGAUACGGGGGAACCUAAUGUCAUUUCUGAUAAUAAUGAAGGAAAUUUUGGCCACGCUCGUUCAAACAAUCUUGUCGUAACCCACAACGGUAGCAACCAGUCGCUUGACAAGGAAGAUGUUUCCAUUGAACACAGUCUUCCUAAUGAGAGUGCAGUUCCUGUCGAGGAAAAUGCCAGGGUUGAUUCUUCAGUGGGCUGUGAAAGCCUGACGGCUGAAGAAGGUCAGCAAACUGAGGCCUUUCCCGAGGAUCUUCUUGUCGUUUUAUCUAUUGCUGAAGAAGACAUGCGAGCGCAUCGUUUGAGCUCAGCACCAAUUGCUAGAGAGAGAACGAAUGGUACGAAUCACAUUGUGGCAUUCAUCGAAGAUGAAUUCUUAGACACCUCAUCGUCGAGCAGCGAGUCUGAUGAUUCAGAUUCAAACAGUGAUGAAGAUAGAGCAGAAGACAGUAGAGUCAAGAGAUCAAAAAUGCAAGAAGGAGAAACAAGUUAUAAUACGGGCCCACCUAAAACUAAGGAUGAAAUCAUGCUUUCGGAUCUCCCCAACGUUGAUCCACUUAAUCUUUUCGUAGAUGAAUCUGUUGUAAUAGAGCCAUUGGGAAAAAUUGAAAGUAUAAUUUAUGGGGAAGCAUUGGUCAUAAUCAAAUCAUUCGAACUCGUUCCCGCAGUUGACGCUGACAGUAUCUUGCUGUUGGAAAAUCGAUCUGGCUUUGGCAAAGUUUUUGAGAUAUUCGGGCAAGUGAAAUCUCCGCAUUAUUGUGUGAGAUUUAACAACGAUGAAGAGAUAAAAUCAACAAAAGUUGAAGUUGGGCAAACGGUGUACUACGCUCCGCAGGCGAAAGAUGUCACUCAUUUUGUAUUCGUCUCCAAACUGAAAAAUGUGAAGGGAUCUGAUGCCUCCUGGAAACAUGAUCAGGAACCACCUGAAACGUUAUUGGAGUUCUCAGACGACGAAGCUGAGGCGAAAGCAAAAGCAGGGAGGAAAAAAGCGAAUCAGCUGAAGAAAAGAAAUGAAGAGCACCUUCAAGAGAAAGACACGACGGAAGAAACCAUAACCAUCACUAAAAAGCAAAAACCGUCAAGAAAAUCUUGCAAACACGCACAAACAAAAUCGCAACAUCGAUCUCAGGUUACCCUCCGACCCUCUCAGCAGCCGUCCCAAGUUGUUCCCCGUCCCUAUCAACACCCACGAGCCCUCAGAAUACCACCAGCAUCAUUAAGAUACCGAACACCCCCAGGACCCAAUGUGACAAGGGGCCCAUGUCAACCACUCCCCCCGCCUCACGUGGGACCACAUUUUGAUCAACAGUAUUAUCCGCAAGCUGCACACAGAUUUGCCUGUGGACCGCGAUACGGCCCUCCGCACGAUAAUUUUAUGAUACCUCAAGGACCGCCCGAAUACAUUCAGGGGCAUUACAGUCAAAGGGUGCCGGGUACCGAAUUUAUUGGACCACCAUUCCAAAAUAUGGUUCCACCGCCAGGGGUGCGUAGCACCUCACACAAUGUGGGGCUGGGGGCUUCUCCUGUUGAGCGACCUGAUCAUCCAAAUACGAUGGCACAAGAACAAGCGACCGCAUCAUAUUUCAAUCAACCACCAUCACAAAAUGUAAUGCAAAGACCACCGUGUAUAACAGCGACGCAGCCGUGGAUGAGUGGUGGUAAUGUUUUACCAAAUACGCCACCUAUGAGCCGUUGGCCUGUCGAUCAACCCCACACAAGGGUAAUACAAUCACCCCCACCUCUAAUGCAACAACACCCAUCACAGCCACCAAACAUGAAAUACGAACACGCGCGAAAUAUAAGGGAAGACCUCCCGCAUCAUGGAACUCGACCAUCGAUGACUCAAGGUAAUGCUUCACCCUGUACGCCGCCUGUGAACCUCCAUCGUUUGCCCACCACGCAAGGGUCUGCAAUGGAGCAUUCGUCACAGCCAGACCCGCCAGGUGUAAAAUCACCAAAGAACCCCAUUCAAACAGGUCAAAACUUUGGGGAAGUUCCUGAACCGCCUAAAAUAGUACAGGAUUAUCUCGAUUCGUAGACAGUACAGUUGAAGGGCCGUGAAAGAGAGGGAAUUUGUAUUGAACAGAUGGACACUCCUCGUCAAUAAACUGUCCCUGACUCCCUGUUCUUGUUUAUAUUACUUUUAUUGGGUUCUUUCAGUUUUGACAAAAUAAGCCACCAUUUCGGGUGCAUGACAUGAGCCUUUUCUUUAACUGAUUAGCUUGAUUACUGUAAAUCCGUAGUCGUGCAAUUUCAGUUGUUUGGUUUGAUAUCAACCAGCGGUAUUUUUAAUUUGCCACCCAAAAAUACCGACAGGGGACAAGAAGUUCGAACUAUGACGCCACUAAAAAUUGCUUGAUCACGAGAUCUGGAUUUUGUUUCAAAUGAUGAAAUCAACAAAGAAACAUUUCAGAGUCUUAAAUUUGUU